AUGAAGCUCGGUACCUCUAUUGCCCGUGGCUUUCAGCUCAUCUUCAGCGUCAUCGUCCUCGGUCUUUCCAUCACCCUCGCCAGACAACAAUACUAUGGCAGCGUUCCAUCGCAGACCGGCUAUGCUGCUUUUGCAGGAGCUCUUGGUGUUCUCGUUUCUAUCGUCGGUGUCGUUGCUCUAUUCGUUGACAGUUUGAGCGGCGUCAUCAUCUGGGUGCUGGAUGGUGUUGCAGGUGUUGCCCUCUUGGCAGCUGGCAUUGUUUACGCCGUGACUCUGAAGGGCGCCGACUGCUCCAGCCCGGACAACGGCACGACUUGGGAUAACCCUUUGAUCAGUGGUGGAUGCACAGGCAAAGGUGAUGACAAAUUGUGUCACGAUGGAAGUUGGGGCUCCAGCGACAAGUGGUCUACAAUCAAGUCUCGCUGCAAGCGUGCCGAAGCUGAUUGCGCUUUCAUGUUCCUCGCGUUCAUUGCUAGCGUGGCUGUUCUGAUCGCGUCUUUCCUGUCUCGCAACCUGACACCCCCAACAACACCUACCCAGGAGCCCGCGAAUGCCAUAACUUUAACCGAGAUAGCUGUCGAGGAAUUGAGAAGUCGAAAUGUCGUAUCCGAGACCGCUGCCAAGCUCAGCGACGAAUUGUGGGAGGCUAUCCGGCUGGAGGAUUCUCUCGAGGAGGUCGUGAAGAAAAUGACCCAUACUGAAGUGGAGACCAGUCGGCAUUCUGGUGACGGCGGCUUUUCCAAGCUCGUCUUGCGCCGGAACACCAUUCGUGAGGUGGAAAAGUUGCUCAAGGCUCAAGCCUUCGAUGCCUUUUGUGAGCUUUCGGAUGGAGACAAGCUCCUGCUCUGGGAAUUUCAGGGUGAACGGACUCGACGGUCACGUUGA